UCCUGGUAAAGCAAUCAAGGCUCUGUCUCAUCCCCAGAGUGUGAUGUUCAGGGUCAGAAAUGCCUUAUGUGGAUCGUCAGAAUCGCAUCUGUGGUUUCCUAGAUAUUGAAGAAAAUGAGAACAGCGGGAAAUUUCUGCGGCGGUACUUCAUCCUGGACACCAGAGAAGACAGCCUGGUGUGGUACAUGGAUAACCCACAGAAUCUUCCCUCUGGAUCUCCACCUGUUGGAGUCAUCAAACUUACCUAUAUUUCAAAGGUUAGCGAUGCAACUAAGCUAAGGCCAAAGGCGGAGUUCUGUUUUGUUAUGAAUGCAGGGAUGAGAAAAUACUUUCUACAAGCCAAUGAUCAGCAAGACCUGGUUGAAUGGGUAAAUGUUCUGAACAAAGCCACCAAAAUCACAGUACCAAAGCAGUCUGAUCCUCUGUGUCAAGUGGAUAAUGCAAACCGUCAAGCAGAAAGCCCAGGUGGAAAGAAGCAAGUCUCUUACAAGACAGAAAUUGUUGGUGGUGUUCCUAUCAUUACCCCUACCCAGAAAGAAGAAACCAGUGAGUGUAGUGAAGGGGGAGAUAGGAAUUAUUUGAAACGGUCACAAAGUCACCUUCCCUAUUUUACUGCUAAGCACCCCCCAGAUAAUGCUAUUAUCAAAGCUGGCUACUGUGUAAAACAAGGAGCAGUGAUGAAGAACUGGAAGAGAAGAUAUUUUCAGUUAGAUGAAAACACAAUAGGAUAUUUCAAGUCUGAACUGGAAAAGGAACCUCUCAGAGUCAUACCACUUAAGGAGGUCCACAAAGUUCAGGAAUGCAAACAAAGUGAUAUAAUGAUGAGAGACAAUCUCUUUGAAAUUGUAACAACUUCUCGAACCUUUUAUGUACAGGCGGACAGCCCAGAGGACAUGCACAGCUGGAUCAAAGCGAUUUCUGGGGCCAUCGUAGCACAGAGAGGACCUGGAAGAUCAGCAGCUUCCGUUACUCUAAUCUUAGCUUUGCACUGUGUUCCAGAUGCGGCAGGCCAGAAGGCUGUCGAAUCCUUGUAUACAGAGGAGCAUACCGAGUCUGCUUCCGAACCCAACCAUGCUCUCCGUGCUGCCCUCCCAGCCCCAGCCACCUCACAUUCCACAGCCGCUCACGGCAGCCCUCUGGUCCCAAACCCUCACACCAAGUACCCUGCCCUGGAGAAGCGAGGAUUUCACCAAUCUUUUACCAAGGCCAAGCCAGGGAGCUACAAGAUCCAGGCUGUCGCUCCAAGAGAAUCAGCUUCCAAAGUGACUGAGUGGGGCCUCUCUGAACCCCAAAGCAAAAAUGGCACUCAGGAACAGGAUCCUGGCCUGGUGGAUCUGGAUGAUGCAAGCCUUCCAGUCAGUGAUGUGUAGUGACGGAAGGGUUUGGAGAAUGAUCCAUUGGUUGGGUCCUCUGAUUUCCUUGUUGGGACUUUUAACCAAAGAGAAUGGUAGGGAAGGAGAGCGAAGAGCUGGAACACUGCUGUCUAGACGUGUGUGUGUGUGUGUGCUUCCGUGCACACCGCUGUGUGUAUCGUGUGUUUGUAUAUUGCCUUGCAGCUGAGGGUCAGGAAAGGGCCUUGGGUGUGUUCUCAAAGCCUGACAGUAAGUCACUCACUAGGGAGGGGCCAAACUGCACAAUUUAGAAGGAAAAGCAAAUAAAAGCAAAGGACUAAACAACAACAACAAAGUACUUCUGCAAGUAAGCAAGGUACCAGCAACUUCUUAUUCCUAAUCUGACAAAUUGACUAAAUUCACAAGUAAUGCUGUAUUGUGGAGAACUUAAUGCCAGCAAAUGUGAUCAUUUAAUUUCAUUUGGAGCUACAGUAACAUUUGAGAUACAGGUGAGAAUUGUUUCUCCUCGUUACUUUCAGGUGCCAGGAAAUGCACAAAACCUUCCUUCUGUUCUUGAGGAUCAACCAAUUUGUUGUCAGAACAGGAAUUCUGAAAUCCCUUGGAAUUCUAGCUAUGGUGCUGUACAAUUUCCACUAAAAUAAUAUUUUUGAAUAGUCAGACUAUUUUUGAUGCACUCCUCAAGAUGGGUUCUAACCUUUUUGCACAUUUGGAUUUUAAUGGACUGCAUGUAAGGGUGUUUGGGAGGGGGGAGAAGAGAAUUUGGACUUGAGAAUUGGACACUUUUAGAUCUUUAGAACCCAG